CUCAAUUAUUUUUGGAGGCUAAUCAGACGCAACGCGAGGACUUUAGGCCCGCGAAUUCUGAGAUUUGUUCCAAUUGUUCAAACCCAAGUCAACAUAUAUCAGGCUUCAAAUUGCCUACUAUAAAAAUUGCGAACUUUGACGGCACUUACUUUAAAUGGCUAGAAUUUCGAGACACUUUUACUUCAUUGAUCCACAGCAACAACAGAAUUGAAUCAGUACAUAAAUUUCAUUACCUCAACUCUUAUCUUGAAGGAGAGGCUGCUCACGUCAUCAGCAAUCUCGAAGUUAGUUCUGCCAAUUAUGAUGAAGCCUGGAAACUUCUUUGCGAGAGAUACAACAACGAAAAGCAACUGAUAAGCAAUCAUUUAAACUCGCUCUGUAACCUUCAGCCCGUGUCUCGCGAUUCAUCUAAAGAUUUAAAAUUUUUAAUCGAUCACAUUUCGAAAAACUUACGGGCUCUCAACACCCUGGGCGAACCAACGGCGUCGUGGGAUACGCUAGUAAUACAUCUGGUCACUUCAAAACUCGAUAGUAGCACUAAUUUUAAGUGGGAGGAGCACAGGAGCAAUUUCAAGAGAUCACCUUCUCUUAAAGAUUUUUUUUGUUUCCUGAAAGCUCGAGCCAAUAUUUUGGAAUCAAUACAAUUGAAUAGGACAGAGCGUGCUUCAAUUAAUAAACGUCCGCUAAAUUCCUUCGAUUUGAGCAAAGGUCAACGGCCUCAAACAAGAUCAUUUGUGAUUUCAGCUGGCCAAUCCUCCUCCUCGUCGACUUCCAUAUGCGUCCUGUGCGGUGGUGAUCAUCGCUUAUAUGAUUGUGCGACCUUCUUGGCAAAAUCAAUCGCUGACAGGACCGCCGAGGUGGUGAGAAACAAACCCAAUAAAAAGAAUGGUAUAUUGCAGCCUGAUGAGCUCAUCAAUUCAUUUGAAACUUUAGUGAGAUUAGCUCAGAAGGAUAGUUUUAGUACUGAACUAGCCACAAUCGAUAAUAAAGGCGUGCUGAGUCCGAACAAUCCUUUAAUUUCCUUAAGCCCGUUUAUUGAUGAUAAGGGUAUAUUACGUGUAGGUGGUCGUUUAAACUAUUCUUGUCAGAUUUACGACAAACGUCAUCCUAUGCUACUACAUGCGAAGCAUAAAUUGACAAAACUAUUGUUCCAGCAAGAACAUUUACGUCUUCUGCACGCUGGCCCACAGUUACUACUGUCCACUGUCAGAGAGUUCGUCUGGCCCAUAGCGGGCAGAGAUCUGGCACGUGCUACUGUGAGACAAUGCAUUGUAUGCAGGCGGGCAAGUGCUAAGAUGCUUGCACCUAUGAUGGGCGCAUUACCCAGUCAACGCGUUGAUCCUGACUUCCCCUUUAUAAGUGCUGGUAUUGAUUUUUGUGGACCUUUCUUAAUAACUGAUAGGAAGGGUAGAGGGUGUAAGAUAUCGAAAUGUUAUAUGUGCGUUUUUGUCUGCCUCAGAUACAAAUGUUUGCAUUUAGAAGCCGUAAGCGACCUCACCAAAGAGGCAUUCAUAUUAUCGUUGCGUCGUUUUAUCUCUCGCCGAGGUAAGCCGAAGGAGAUUUUCUGCGAUAAUGGCAGAAACUUCGUAUCUGCAUCCAAAGAAAUUACAGAAUUUGUGAACUCUCAUGCUGAUGGCGUCGGUGGAUUCCUUUCUAGUGAAGGGAUUGAUUUUAAAUUUCAACCGGCAUAUGCACCACACUUCGGGGGUCUAUGGGAGGCGUCAGUCAAAUCAGCCAAAUUUCAUUUGAAAAGAAUUCUCGAUAACACUCACUGCACAUUUGAAGAAUUAGCUACUUUGUUUAAUCAAAUCGAAGCCAUACUCAAUAGCAGGCCUUUAUGUCCCUUAUCUUCCUCUCCUGAUGACCUUGCUCCUCUGACUCCCGGACACUUCCUCAUUGGAAGACCUUUGACGUCGUUGCCAUCACCUAACUACAUGCAACUUAGUACCUCUAGAUUGAACCGAUACCAACACUUGGAGCAGAUUCGUCAACAUUUUUGGAAUCGAUGGCAGCUAGAGUACUUGAACGAAUUACAGCAAAGACACAAAUGGCGCGUACCAGCAAGAUCAAUCCAGAAUGGUGACUUAGUUCUACUGAAGGACGAGAAUAUUCCACCGAUGCAAUGGCGGACGGGUCGAGUCAUCAACCUAUUUCCAGGAAAGGACAAUAUCGUGCGAGUAGCCGAAAUCAAAACUUCGACUGGCGUUUAUCGGCGUGGACUUCGAUAUCUUUGUCCUCUAUUGGAUACUGCAGAAGAUUCUUCAUUGGAAGCAAAUGCUUCCAAGGCCCCGGAGGAUGUUAAGGAUCUCUAAAUCCCCCUCCAAACAAGUUUUAUUCUCGCCCACCACCGAGCUUCACUUCAUCGAGCGAUCGCGAACGCAUGCAUAUACAUUUUAACGAUUACAUACUAUACAUUAUCUACUCCAAUAUAUAACCACAUUAUUAUUUGUUC